CUCUGCUGCAGCUGUUUCACUUCCUCAUGAUUCCUGUGUGAGACCAAUUUUUUUUCCCCAUUUUGUCUUUUCUCGUUUGAUACCAUGCACGUUCACAGCUUAUCUUCACUGCUGUGUGUGUUCUUGCUAUUUUCAAGAGCAAGUGCUCUCUUCGGAUACGGAUUACUUCGUUGCCAGUUCACCUCCACCCAUGAAGCCGUUUAUCUGGAACAAAUCUACUUCAAUAAGGUGCUUCUUGGCCAAUAUAACAGCACUUUGGGGAAAGUUAUUGGCUACACAGAAAAAACAAAGAGAAUUGCAGAUGACCUGAACAAAAACCUGGCUUUUCUGAAACAAGAAAGAAAGAAUGAAGAGAAAUGCAAAACCCACAUACCACUGGCAUUCGAUGUCCUUUCAAGACCAGUCGAGCCCUCAGACAUCAGACUGAGGUCAGCUGAGGCAGCAAGCAGCCAACAUCCAAGCAUGCUCAUCUGCAGUGUGUACAACUUUUAUCCCAAACAAAUCAGAGUGACAUGGCUGAGGGACGGAAAGAUGUGGACAUCUGAUGUGACGUCCACUGAUGAGCUGUCCAAUGGGAAUUGGCUCUACCAGAUCCACUCCAUUCUGGAGUACACACCCAGACCCAGAGAGAAAAUCACCUGUAUGGUGGAGCACGCCAGCCUCAAGGAACCCAGACUUUAUGACUGGGACCCCAUGCCUGAGUCACAGAGGAAUAAGAUUGCUGUUGGGAUAGCCGGGCUGCUGCUGGGUCUGGUCUUUUUAAUUGCUGGGGUGAUUUACUACAAGAAGAACAUUAGUGGUCUGGUAUUGGUGCCAACAAGUUAAGGUAGUCUGCUGUUUUGGCUGAAGUAUUCGUAAUACAAGCAAAAAUGUGAAAUGACCCAAUCUGAAAUGACGGAGGACAGAAUAAGUAAGAGGGUUUUUAUGUGGUUAAGUAAAUCACAAGUUCCCUGUGGACAGAAAAGCUUUACUCAGUACUUGAGAUUUUUAUGCUGUAUAUCUACUUCUUAAAAGUAAACUUUUAUUGAAGUUUGAGGGAAACUGGUUUGAAAAAAUCUUGUCAAAGCCUAAAUUAAAGACAUGUAUGCAUAUUAAACAUCAGUUUGACCAUGAAUCAUAUGUAAUAUCUUGUUUAACUACAAGUCAAAGAUCUUUAGUUGCGUUUAUAGGGCUGGUCCUGCUGUUACCAAAAUAAUCAGUAGGAGAACUGAUUGUGGAUUCUGUGUGAUUUGGGUGAAGUGCACAGUAAGUCCCAUUUCCUUUUGCAAUUUAAAAAUUAUGAUAAUUUCAGAGAGAUAAUUUUUCCAUGAAAUGGCUCAACUAAACUGAAGAAGGCAAGAUGGACUACUGAAUUGGUAAUUACUUGGAUUUGUCAGUAAUUUACAAUUUUUUUGUAGACAAUGAAGGUAUAAAAAUUUGACUGUGAAAGUUGUUUUUUUUAUUGUUCAAAAGUGUAUCCGCAGCACUUUGGUUCUGGUUUCUAUUAACUGAUGGUGUCUUGUAAGGCCUUUCAGGCUGGGAAUAGUUGUAUGCAUGAAAAAAAAAAUAUAUAUAUAAGUUGAAUUCUUUCAUGAAUUUAAGGUAUAAUAAUUACAUGAUCCAAUACACUGGAUACACUGGAUGUAUCAGUUAUCUUUGGAGCAUUUAAAGGCCCCAUGAGAUCUGUGGAUCAUUGGGAUCCUGCAUCUUGAGGACAAAGAUAAACUCACAGGCUCCAGAUUAUAAUAAACGAAAGCUACAAAGGAUCAGUGUGUCUAAUCCAAGUACCACCACGAAUUAUCAAGAAAAACAAAGACACUCCAUGAAAAAAGAAAUGAACCAACUCUAAAUAAAAAGAUAAACUCCUUCACCCACAGCGCUGAACGUGUGUGAUUAGGUUUUUUCCCAGCAUUGCCAUGUAUCUCAUUAAUUUAAAAGAGAUUAAAACUGCUGUACAGCACU